CAUGUCGAGCUCCAAUCUUGGCUUGAGAAUGAUAAAAUCUACAGGAGCGAUAAUGUUUUCGUCAAGGCGAACUCUUACCAGAUGCUCAAUUGCGGAUCCUGUGCCAUAUCUAUUUUGCCAAUGUCGCGGUCUGCGCACAUCGGCCGAUCGAAGUACCGCAGGCGCUCCAAAUGCUCCCGGCGGCAAGAAGGACGGGGAGUUCGUCCCUGCGCCAUUGGGACGGCCAAUCGGCUUGUCUGCAAAGCCUGAAGCUGGACAAAAUACUGGAAUUGAUAAUCGGACAUGGCGCCAGAAGCGGGAGGAUUUUGUCAAUUAUGAUAAACAUUUGGAGAGACGAGAGAAAUUAACGAAGCAGGUAGCAAAGCCAUACUUUCGCGAGUGGUCAAAUAUGCGAUAUUCAAAGGGAAAGUCCUUCAUAUCAAAUCCGAGACUCUUUCGUGCCGACAAAGCGCUCUACUUCCCCAAUUUCCACGGCACAACACUUGCGUCUCCCAAACAAGCAAUGGAUACGACGCCCGUUUUAGAGAACAAGGUCUCCAUUAUCAGUGUCUUUUCUGGCACAUGGGCAGAGAGACAGACGUCAUCAUUUAUUAGCGAAAAUGAUAAUCCUGAACUUCAAGAGGUGCUCAAGGACGGUGCUGGAAUUGCGCAGAAUGUGUACAUUAAUGUUGAAGAAAAUGCGCUGAAGGCCGGAUUGAUUCACAUAUUUAUGUCCGGCAUACGAAAGCAGCUGCCUGAAGAUGCUCACAGGCGAUAUUUCCUUGUCAGAAGGGGCCUGACAGAUGACAUUCGCGACUCGAUCGGAUUGCUCAAUAGCAAAGUCGGAUACGUAUACCUGGUCGACAGCGACUGCAAGAUCAGGUGGGCAGGAAGCGGCGUUGGGGAUGCGGAAGAGAAGGAGGGGCUGGCAAAAGGAGUAAGACGAUUAAUCGACGAAUGGAGGAAGAAGAGCCAAUCUGGUUCUGAGAAGAACACCCCUAUAGUCGAGGAGAUUGAGGAGAAAGCGGCCGCGACUGCCGCAUAAUUUAAAGAAAGAUGACAACGCUCAUAAGAAAGGUAUAUAAUGUACAUUAAUGCUAUAACCAUCCCUCCUUAACGCC